UGUAAUGCCGCUGGCCGUCUUGACUCCGGUAUGUGGGGCCUGAUGAUGGCUGUUUAGUCCCUCACUGGCCGAUCAGCAACCAGCAUGAUGCUUGGUUUGUCUUCUUGCAACCACCACUCCAUAGUCACAAACGAGGCUGGCUCUCAAAGUCACACGAUUGCGCGUUGACACCAACAAGCAUGGCCAGUCUAUAUCUGAACUCGCGUCCCCGCGUUUUCUACCUUUCACAGAAUUAAGCCAGCAACGUGACACUGCUGCACAGGACUGACACUCAGGUUACUAUCAGUGCGGCCUACAAGGUAAAGUUGCUAGCUUCAACAUCAGACUCCCGAAGGGGCUUCAGGCCGCAGUUUCCAAAGAGAACCAUACCCCGCACAAGUUCCGUUGAAACAUGUCUGUAUUUCAACCUAGAGGCAGAGGAGUAGGAGGCCGAGGCGGGGGUGAUCGUGGUAGAGGAGGAGGAGGCCGAGGCGGGGGUGAUCGCGACAGAGGAGGAGGAGGUCGAGGUGGGGGUGAUCGCGGCAGAGGUGGUGGUUUCCGAGGUGGUGGGAGAGGAGGCUUUCAGGCGGGGCCCGCUGAGGUGUUCGGGGAUGGAAAAUUUCCUCCCCCAAAUCCAAAUGUUACGAAGACGGAGGAUAGCUACAUGGCCCAGAAGCCAACACUCGCCGGUAGCAUGGCUGGCAUGUCUGUGACGGCUGAUUUCCCAGCGAGGCCGGCUUAUGGCACGAGGGGGAAGCCGGUUGUACUGUGGGCCAACUAUUUUGAGCUUGCAGCGGCGAAGAACCUGAUAAUUUAUCGGUACCACGUCGCCGUCUCACCUGAGGCAAAAGGAAGGAAGCUGAGGCGAGUCUUCGAACUGUUGCUCGAAGAUCCUCGACUGAAAAAUUCUGCCACCGAUUUCAAAGCCAUCUUGGUUAGCCGGAAGAAGCUGCCCGACGUUGAACUAGAGGUUGCAUAUCGCUCCGAGUUCGAGGAUGAUGCUAAACCUGAUGAUAAACCAUACCGUGUCAAAAUCCAACUUACUGGCGAGAUGGACAUCGAUGCUCUCGUGAAUCACCUCCGAUCCGUCCAACCGGACCCGAAUUUCCGCGCCGACAAUAGGAUGCAGGUAAUCCAGAGUUUAAAUAUUCUUCUGGGGCAUUAUGCGCAGUCAGAUCCUCUCACCACCACCAUCGCAAGCAACAAGCAUUUUCUUUUUGGUGAUGAUAAGCCUGGGAAUCGCUAUCUGGUCGAACACAACCUUGGUAAAGGCCUCACUGCACUACGUGGCUACUUCCGUAGCGCUCGGCCGAGUACUGGCCGAAUUCUAGUCAACGUCAACGUGAGCCACGCGGUGUUUUUCAAGCCAGGGCCUCUGAUGGAGCUGAUCAAGAUCUUCGGCGCUGCAUACGGCACCAACCUUUUUCAACUAGAGAGAUUUUUGAAGAAAGUUCGGGUGGAGACUAAUCAUCUGCCAGUAAAGAAGAACAAAGCUGGGAAAAUAAUCCCAAAGGUCAAGACCAUCAUUGCUCUCGCAAGUAAGAACGAUGGCACAGGUUUACCUCACCCGCCAAGAGUCGGUAGAUUCGGUGCCAAUGCGACGGAAGUCGAGUUUUGGCUCGAAUCAACUGAUAAGAAGAAAUCUGGGAAUGGGAGGUAUAUAACUGUUUUUGACUUUUUCAAGACCCACCACAAGAAACAUUUAAACGACGCGUUCCCAAUCAUGAAUGUUGGUACCAGAGCCAACCCGAUGUACAUGCCUGUCGAUUACUGCGUGGUUAUACCUGGCCAGUCAUCCAUGAAAAAGCUCGACCCCGAUCAGACCGCGGAGAUGAUUCGUUUUGCGUGCCGCAAACCGCAUUUAAACGCCCAGUCUAUUACUUCUGAUGGGUUGGCAGUACUUGGGUUUGACGCCAAGUCCAAGUCUAAUCUAGGGUUGUUCGGAAUCAAUAUGAACACGAACAUGAUCACAGUUCCUGGCCGAAUUCUUCCACCACCGGUGGUAAAAUACCAGGGCAAAAAUACCGUAAGCCCAAAAGGCGGACAAUGGAACAUGAUGGGCGUUAAAUUCGCCCAGGGUUCGAAAUUACCAUCAUGGACGUAUAUCUGGAUUACGAGGAAGGGGAGGAGAGGCCUGAUCAAUGGGGAAGACCACAUUUCUCGUAUCAUGGCUGAGUUUCAGGGUAUGAUGAACGCAUCAGGCCUUGGGGCGCCGCCACCUAUGAAAGGCAAAGAGAUCGUGAUAGAUGUUGGUCAUAACGGACCAAGCAACGACGAGCUCAUAGACAAUAUGUUCAAAAUGGCGGCGACUGGGAAAGUCGGGUUGAUGGUGGUUGUAUUACCUGACCCCGACGCUGCUAUGUACAAUGCUGUCAAGUAUGCUGGUGAUAUUAAGUAUGGGAUUCACACCGUCUGCGCCCUCGCUUCGAAGAUCACGAAGGAGCAAAGGCGCGACCAGUAUUUGGCCAACAUAGCUCUAAAGGUCAACAGCAAGUUGCGUGGAUCUAAUCAGACGCUUGAUGCACAGAGACUCGGGAUCAUAUCAGAUGGAAAGACAAUGGUGGUAGGAAUCGACGUCACACAUCCAUCUCCGGGGUCCCUCUCGAGUGCUCCUAGUGUUGCCGCAAUUGUGGCAAGCAUAGACAGCACACUGAGCCAGUUCCCUUGUGAGCUUAGUGUUCAGGAGGGCCGGAAGGAGAUGGUGACCGAUUUGAGCGAGAUGAUGAGGUCCCGACUUCAGCUGUGGAGGGACAGGAAUAAGGCCUUACCUGAGAAUAUUCUCGUCUACAGAGACGGUGUUUCUGAGGGCCAAUACCAAGUCCUGAAAGACGACGAGAUCCCGUCUCUACGCAAAGCCUUUGACGGAAUCUACACGGCCGAUCAGAGGAAGAAGGGAUUGCCAAAGCUUUCCGUUAUUGUUGUUGGAAAGCGCCACCACACCAGGUUCUACGCCACGAAGCAAGACGAAGCUGAUCGUUCUGGAAAUCCGAACAACGGCACCGUCGUCGAUCGUGGCGUAACCAGCAUGUGGAACUGGGAUUUCUUCCUCCAGGCCCACACUUGUCUCCAGGGUACAGCGAAGCCAGCCCACUACUACGUGGUGCUGGACGAGAUCUUCGGCAAGGGCAACUUGAAGACGCCUCAUCCGUUCCCCAAUGCCGCCGAUACCCUUGAGGACCUGACGCACAACAUGUGCUACCUCUUCACUCGCGCGACGAAGGCAGUCAGCAUUUGCCCACCUGCAUACUACGCCGACCUGGCCUGCGAGCGUGCCCGAUGCUACCUACAUAAGGAGUACGAGCCCUCGCAUCCAGGGGGUUCGAGUGUAAGCGGCGGCGCGCAGCCGAGUACAUUGGAAUCCGAUAUUAAGGUCCAUGAUAGGCUCAAGGACUCGAUGUUUUACAUUUAAUUUAUAUUUAUGACUUUGACGAUGAUUGAUGAUCUUUCUGGGAACUUUUGGGGGAUUUCUUUGACUUGGAGUUUCGCGAAUUGGAAAUGGAUGGAGGCUAGAUUUAGCAGCGUUGGAUUUUUGAAUCUUACAACUUGGUAUUGAUUCUUUUAAUGUGAUG